AAGUGAAUCAAAUCAGUUUAAUUCAAUAGUUGAAUUAACGUCUUUUUAGUAAGCUCCGUGAAAAUAAAUAGUGAAUAAAGAUGCAAAAAAUAUUUCGUACAAUAUUGCUGACGUUGGCAAUUUCACACGUUUUGGCUGAUAUUCCAUUGGAUGACAUUCCAUUUAAUAUUUACGAAUCAUCCUCAACAUCAUUUGAGGACGCUGUAAGAAAGAAGAUUGAUAAGGCAAUAAGUGAAGUAAAAGUGUUUUCGGAUGCAGCUAAAGUGGGUUCGAUCAUUCCAUAUAUCGAUACAGUAAUGGGACCAAUAUCGGAUGGUUUAGAGACGUUACAAAGUAACAUUUGGGAGGAAACAUUGAUCAAGGCCAUCGCCGAAGAGUCACGUCGCAUGUUAAUCGACCAUACUUACACGGAUAUAAGAUCGCAUUGUAUAUCAGUUUCACAAGGUUUGGAGACAUUGAGCCGUGGCUUAAAUUUUCAGCCUCUGAAAAAUCAUCUCAAGUACAAAUAUUUUAUGAAAAAUUGAAAGACAUCAACAAUAUUUUCGUCCAAAAGAGUUCGAUAUUCUGAAAAUAUCCAGAAUUUGCAUACGUGCCACUCACAAUGCUUGCAUCGAUUACGGCUAUUUUGGACCCAAUAUUUCAAGAAUUUUCACCAUCAAGGGUGUUAAAGGCAAAAACGAUAUAAAUAAUAAAAUGAUUUAUAUCGUUACAUUGCGUGAUUAUGAAAGAGAUAUGGUUACAAUCGAACAAAUAAGAAUGCUAUCGAUUGCAUGGUAGGCUGUUAUUUUUACAGCGGUAUCGCAUCUGUACGUGACCCAGUGGCUGGUACACGAUAUUGUGCAUUUGCGAGUGGUCCUGAUGUAGAGAAUUGUAUCGUUGGCUAUGCUGAACUUCUAAGAUCUCGAAUCGAAAACGCUUAUCGCGAUUCAAUUGAACUAAUAACCUCGAGAUGUAAUCAAGAUGUCAUGAAUCGACGUAGACCCACCGGAUAUGGAUACUGGAGCGUUAAUUUAAUUGGAAUGGAGGGUCAAACAAAAAGAAAUUCCGAUAUCUCGUGUGAUCCAGAUCUCUUCAGCAAAGGUCCAUUUACCUAUUGUGAUCUGUACUCUCAAAUUUAUAUAAACGACAAUCUGGUUUUCACAAGUUCGAAAGGAAGCAAUGAAAAUGAGCACUAUACUAACGAGAAAUUUAUGUCGUCAAAAAUUAAGGACGAUUCUAUUAUACGGUUUGAGCUUUGGGACGCAGAUGCGAGAGAUGAUGACAUUUGUCUUCAAGUGACGAAAAAUCUUAACGAAGUGAAACAUUUUCGCGGUAAAAUACAAGAGGGAAACAAUUUCAUUGUUUUAUCAACAUUUUGGAGACGCAGCUACGUAGAUGAUGGACAAAUUUCAUAAGAUCGAAAAUACGCAAUUUAUUUUGUGUUUCAAUUCACAGUUUACACAACAAAAACAUUUUAUGCCCAAAAGUGGAAUUCAUUCGUAUAUGAUGAUAAAAAAA